UUACUAUAUUCUAUGUACAGUGUCCUUCUAACGACAUCAUGAAGAGCAUCACCCUUGCUUUGGCCGUUCUCGGCUUCGCUUACGUCAGCGCCCAGACUGAACCAUGGUGCCGUUGCGCCCUCUUCGUCUCGACUCAGCACACGGAAUGGAUGGUCUACGACCUGCCCGAAGUGGUCAUCGACGACUGCGAGAGCCACCACCAGUGCGAAUACCGCUGCAAAAGAGAGUUCAAUGAGAUGACCAACGAGAUGGACUUGUGGUCGACGGUGAACAACGCAACGGUUGGCUCCUACCUCUGCCAGAACUUGGAGCACUCCAUCCACAACAAAUACGUCUACGGUUACUACGAGAUGUGCGGCGGUCCCUGGGAGUACUCUGGCCUGGUCUCCCAACAGUUGCUAUGCUGUUAUCAGGGUGAACACGUCCACUGUAUCUCCAAGUGAAGAGGGUGGAAGUAAGACUCAGCGCCAGCAUAAUUUGCGUCCUGAGGAAUAUGAAAAUACAUUGAGAGCAAUAUAUACAUUAAAUGUUAUA